CUUCUCGAGGAUCGGGAAUUUAAAUUCAGCUACUCGCCUGCAUUCACUCCACCUGCAUCUCCCGCAUCAACUUGACGAAUAUAGUUACCUCACCUUCUGUCGUUCGGUCUUGGAUGAUUACGAGUUUGUCCAAUAAAGUACUCAAAGGAUGAUCGCUCGUCCGGUGGGAGCGAUCCGGUAGGGGACGAAUGGGAUACAUGGAGUGGCUAGUCACAAAGGGAGCAUCGGGAUGAACGAAGCGGUUACUUUUUCGAACACCUGGAGCCACAGAAUUUCGACUUGUCCGCUGUCGAACCGCCAUCCAUUUAUUACUGUAUAAGCAGUAAGUUGUCCCAGUUUAGAUGGGGGACGAAAAGCGGUACCCUAAUGCAUCUUGCUUUAUGCCAGAGCGGUUCAUCGAUGUCAACGGCGCGUUGACGGACGACGACCCUGCGGGAUACAUCUCCGACUUAGGUCGGCGUGGAUGUCUAGGCCGGUAUAUUGCUAAUGCCCCUAUAUGGUCUGCUAUUGCGACCAUGUUGGCUACGGUGGAUUUUUCUUCCGCCAAAGAUGACCAGGGCAAUGUGAUCGACUUCACCCCCGAAUUCACGACAGGACUCACUCAG